AUUGACACUGGAUUACUCCGCACUGUAAGAAUGGUCUGAUUUUGUGUGCCCGGGUGUACCUCACGAGACCGCUAUGCCUGAAUUGGCAAUAACGCUCGGACCAGGAGGUUACGCUCCGAUCUGGGAGCUAUGAACUCUUGUUUCAUCAUCUUCGAUCUCGUCCGAUAUUUGGAAAUCCACCAGAAACACAAUUUCAGCAUUGUUCGCUUUUAAGCCAACUCCAGGGCACUGUAUUGGAGCCCUCAGCUUUCACAUCGUGUAGUUGAUUCCAAACCGACUUAUUCUCAGACGAGCGCCUCGAUUGGCAGCAAGGCGCAAGAAAAUCGACGAUCGAUCCCCAGUGUCGGACCUUAUAACCACCUCGCAAGAUGAAUUCAAACACAUUCCUCUCUACCGCACGCUGUGCACGCUGUUCACGCUCUAGCCUUCGACCACCCAUCACACUCCGCCUCCGGGCUUCAAGAAGCGUCUCCACCCUUCCCAACAACCCGCACAUCUACAUCCACCCCGACCCCUCCUCCUCAACACCCAACACCACGAAAUCCCUCCUCUCCCUCCUCCCGACCACCCCGCCCACCCCCUCCCUCGCCCUCGGAACCACAACCUCCAUCCCCCCGACCCCCUCCACCUUCACCGAAAACCCCUCCUUCCUCCCCAUCCUCCAGUCCGUCCUCCACACCUACGCCGCCCUCGACCCGGACAUCAAACAACAAGCCGCCGCCUUCGCCUCCCCCGGCGGUUUCAAUCUCGGCGGCGGGGGAGGAGCACAACAACAGCACAGCUCCAGAAGAAGACGAGCAGAAUCAGGAGCCGGGCCGACGAGCUCGCAGGGCGGCGCGGGAGGCGCGAAUCGCGGAGGCUGGAUCCACGUCAGCGAUACGCGGAAUCCGCCCGAUUGGGGCCGAAUCGCGUCGCCAGAGGACAUCUUUGGGAGUCUGGAGGUCGACGGCGACGGCCGCUUUGUCGACGGUGGGAGCGGGAACUAUCAGGCCAGCGGCACGUAUCGCAUGGUGACCCGGGAGGGGAUUCUGGGCCUACCGCCGUUCCUGCGCGAGAGGCUGGUGGAGCGGUUGCGCGAGUUGGAGCAGCAGAUGCAGCAGACGAAGGGGUAGUUGCAGGAUGGCGGCGAUUCGGGUUGGAAGGGAAGGGACGGACGGGCUGACUGUGUCGAGCUGUACCCAGACUGCAAGCCUCUGGCUGCCUUCCUCCCUACGUACACAGCUCUGGCUCAAGCUCGCCCUCCAUACGUACGCGGAUAAUGCCUCAGCGACCUGGCCACGCGAAGAGUCCGCCUGGAGCGAGCAUGCCAGAGUCUACUCUCCCUUCAAAGUCAAGGCAUCAGGAUGGAAAUUCAAAACACCAUAUACAUGUACAGUACCUGUAUCACUAAUGUCAACUCGGCCACUUUGCC